AUAAUAGAUGUAAAGAAAUUCAUAAUAAAAAAUACACACGAAACCCACAUGUAACCCUGAGGAGAUUUUCGUUGAAACUAAAUAUAGAAAGUAUUAUACAAAUAGAAAAACUUGUAUGUAAUAAAAAAAUAUUAUAUUACCUUAAAAAUGAUUAUAAAUACUUCGAGGCAGUUCCUGAAGCUCUUCCAUAAGUCGCCAUAUAAAUGCCGGUGCUUAUCAGAUUCUAGUGUUUCCGUAUUGAAAGAAAAACUUAAAAGUGGACCCAGCCUGAAAGAUUUUCUAAGUGAAUCGGUUGGCGCACCAGAAGUCAUCACGCAUGCACCACAUAUACCUUAUCUACAGGGCUUUAGAGAUACAGUGAAAAGAAAGGUAUUUUUUGAUGUGUAUGGUUGCCAAAUGAACUUAAAUGAUACUGACAUUGUCUGGUCUAUACUGAAAAAGGAAGGUUUUGAGAAAACUGACAUCGAGAACGAAGCAGAUAUAUUUCUAGUGAUGACCUGUUCCAUUAGGGAGGGAGCUGAGACCAAAAUAUGGCAUCGGCUAGACCACCUCAGAGGGUUUAAGAGAAGACGCGCACUAUCACAGAACAGAGAUAAGCCGGUAAAAAUAGGUAUAUUAGGAUGCAUGGCUGAGAGAUUAAAAGAAAAGCUGAUUGAGAAGGAAAAAGCUGUAGAUGUUGUUGCUGGACCAGACAGCUAUAGGGACCUGCCUCGUCUGCUAGCAUUGACAGAGAAUGGACAGACUGCUGUUAAUGUUUUACUGUCCUUAGAUGAGACAUAUGCUGAUGUGGUGCCUGUUAGACUAAAUAAGGAUAGUGUUUCUGCCUUUAUCUCAAUAAUGCGAGGGUGUGACAAUAUGUGUACGUACUGUAUAGUACCAUUCACAAGGGGCCGAGAGAGAUCCAGGCCAAUUGACUCUAUAGUAGAUGAGGUCAAACAUCUGAGAGAUCAGGGUGUUAAGGAGGUUACGCUACUGGGACAGAAUGUGAACAGUUACAGAGAUGUGAGCCAACAAACAGAGAAAUAUGAUACCAAGUUGGUUGAUGGCUUCAAAACGGUGUACAAAAGUAAGAAGGGUGGUCUAAGAUUCGCCGACUUGCUGGACAAGGUGUCCGCUGUGGACCCUGAGAUGAGGAUCCGCUUCACGGCUGCACAUCCUAAAGACUUCCCUGAUGAGGUAUUCGAAGUGAUCUCGUCCCGUCCCAACGUGUGCAAACUACUCCACCUGCCGGCUCAGUCGGGCUCCAGCGCGGUGCUGGAGCGCAUGCGGCGCGGACACACGCGGGAGGCCUACCAGAGGCUCGUGGAUAGAGUGAGGGAGUUGGUGCCAGGAGUGGGACUCUCGACGGACAUGAUCUGUGGGUUCUGUGGCGAGACCGACGAAGAAUUCGAGGAGACAAUGUCCCUGCUCGAUCUCGUCAACUAUAAUGUGGCGUUUCUCUUCCCGUACAGCAUGAGAGAGAAAACAACAGCGUAUCGUCGUUACAAAGACGACGUUCCCGAACACGUGAAAAGGGAACGACAUUUCAAAAUGGUGGAGCUAUACAGAAAGAAAUGUACAAUACUCAACGAGAAAGAAAUUGGGAACACACAUCUAGUGUUAGUCGAGGGUACAGUACCCAAAACGGGACAGAUAAUGGGUCGCAACGAGCUUUAUUUGAAGGUGGUUUUUGAACAGACCGAAAUACCGUCACAAGAAGGUAUGAGGAGUAUAAAACCGGGUGAUUAUGUUGGUGUGAAAAUAGUUGCAGCUAGAGCGUCUGUGCUGACUGGAGUGCCGUUGUAUCAUACAACACUUGCAGAGUUUUACAGGAGGUAUGCAUGGGCAGACAGACAUACAGAUGAAGCUAAACUACAUUACAGUAGCCUGAGAUGAAAUGAAAAUGUUAUGUAGAGGUUAUGUUAUUGUGUUAUAGUAUGUAGUUGUAAAUAAAUAGAUUGUUGAAGAAAUGUUUUUAAUUACAUUUUUGGUUUGACCAUGUUUGACUUAAAUUAGUGACUAUUAAAAAGGAGAUAUUACUAUUAGCGAUACGUUAUGUGUUAUAAACCAUACUUUUGUAUCACUUUUGCUU